AUGUCAUACGAAAUCCAAUACGACACUUCCCUGGCCCCGCCCCGCGCGGCCGCCAUCGUCAGCUUCAUGCAGGACUUCUACCGCACCAGCGACACCGAGUCAAUGCAUGAGAAAUAUGUUGAGAACUUCACUGGCGACGCAACUUUGAUCAUGGGUCCCAAAGAGGCCAAGGGCACUGAUGCAAUUCGUACUAUUCGCCACGGUCUGUGGACUCAUGUUGCUUCACGGAAACACACUCCCACUCGCAUUUUCUUCGGUGGAGAAAAUGAGAUCAUGCUCUAUGGUGGAGUGAACUAUCGUCUCAAGGCUGACCCGGAGAAUGACGUUUAUGUUCCCUGGGCUGGACGGGUGGUUUUUGCGCCACAACAAGAGGGUGAGGGUAUUAAGAUGCACUUUUAUCAGGUUUACUUGGACCCGUCCGCACAAGGCGGCAAGAAAUAA